CCAGGGCCGAUCCACAUGGCGUCGUCGGCGCGCCUCCUCCUCGCCGCCGUCCUCGCCGUCCUCCUACUCGCCGCCCCGCGAGGGGCGGACGCCCUCCGGUCGCUCGGCGUCGGCGAGGACGCCGCCGCCGCCGCGCAGGGGGACGCCGCCGUCGACCUCAACGCCACCACCUUCGACGCCUUCCUCGGGGCCGUGCGGGAGCCCUUCGCCGUCGUCGAGUUCUUCGCCCACUGGUGUCCAGCUUGCAGAAACUACAAGCCUCACUAUGAGAAAGUUGCGAAACUUUUCAAUGGUCAAGAUGCUGCACAUCCUGGGAGAGUACUGAUGGCCAGGGUUGAUUGUGCAUUAAAGGCGAACAUAGAUCUUUGCAGUAGAUUUUCUGUUGACCAUUAUCCUUUCCUACUUUGGGGUCCCCCAACAAAAUUUGUUUCCGCUAAGUGGGACCGGAAGCAAGAGAAAAGUGAAAUUAAAUUGAUUGAUGAUGGAAGAACAGCAGAGCGUUUACUUAAGUGGAUAAAUAAGCAAAUGGAAAGCUCCUUCACUUUGGAUGACAAAAAAUAUGAGAAUGAAAAUAUGCUUCCAAAGAAUGCUACUGACCCUGAACAGAUUGUUCGAGCAAUUUACGAUGUUGAGGAAGCAACAGCUCAUGCAUUGCAGAUAAUUUUGGAGAAUAAGAUGAUCAAACCAGAGACUCGUGACUCACUUGUAAGGUUUUUACAAAUUUUGGUCGCUCAUCAUCCAUCCAAGAGGUGUAGAAGAGGGUCUGCUGAGCUACUUAUUAACUUUGAUGAUCACUGGCCUUCAAACAUCUCGUUAAGUUCACAAGAGAGUUCUAGAAUGUUGGGAAGUGUUGAAACAGAUGAUUACAAGAUCUGUGGAAAGGAGGUGCCGCACGGUUACUGGAUGUUCUGCCGUGGAAGUAAAAGUGAAACAAGGGGAUUUAGCUGUGGACUUUGGGUUUUGCUUCAUUCACUGACCGUCCAAAUUGGGGAUGGAGAGAGCCAAUCAACCUUUACAUCAAUAUGUGACUUCAUACACAAUUUCUUCAUCUGUGAGGAAUGUCGCAAACACUUCUAUGGAAUGUGUUCAAGCGUAUCAGUUCCCUUCAAGUCUGCCCGUGAUCUCAGCCUCUGGCUAUGGAGCACACAUAAUAAAGUGAAUGAGAGAUUGAUGAAAGAUGAAAAAGAUUUAGGAACUGGCGAUCCAUCAUUUCCUAAAGUUGUCUGGCCUCCUAAGGCACUCUGCCCAUCUUGCUAUCGUUCUUCAAGCGGGACUGGUGAUGAAGCUGUGCAGGUUGACUGGAAUGAGGAUGAAGUAUUUUCAUUCUUGGUUAACUACUAUGGGAAGACACUCGUGUCAUCCUACAAAGAGACCUAUGGGGAGUCUCAAGAGAAGAAACAUGUAAUGCCACUUUCCGAUGAUGCCUCCUCGAGUGCCGCAAGAGUCCCAAUUGGAGCUGCCCUGGGUGUUGCCGCUGCCAGCUGUAUAUUUGGAGCGCUGGCUUGCUUCUGGAGAGCCCAGCAGAAGAACAGAAAGCAAAGAAAGAACUGGAACUGAAAAACAGCCCACCAGUUGCCCACCCUUCACUUCACCUCAGGUGGCCUCCGUGAAUGUAUAUUUUCUGGACGGGUUAAAACUUUUGGUAAGUACUCCAAGAAGAGUGCGCAAAAAUCUGAUGUUCGAGCUGUCAUUUACAGAUGAAAAACUUACAGAAGCAUGUUGAUCUAACUCAUGUGAUUGUUUGGUGCAACGAUGUGAACUUUGUUGCACCUUGUCAUAGGCUCAAAAUGUAGCUCUGUUUUUACAAUAUAGAUGUGAUCUGAUAUUCUGAUUAGUGGAUAUGAAUGUUAUACUGCCCAUGCCCCCAUUUGAUCGAUGAAA